UUAUCUUAUCUUAAAACACACACACACGCACACACACACGCACACACACAGCCUGAUGUUAGAGUGUAUGACCGCUAGUGGGCGCUCAGUACAGCGCGUUAUUAUAACACAGACCGGUCUUUCUUUCCUAUACUCCGUGACAUGAAACACGCCCCUCGACACGCCUCCACCGAGUCCAUUGACGCUGUGAUUGGCCAGUGGUCGCUAGGCGCCUGCACGCGACGCGUCAGAAAAAAUGUGAAAGCAGAGUGCGCGCGCAUUCAGAGCAGAGAUGACCAUCAGCACACUGAGAGGAGGAGAGCAGCGCGCGCACAUGGCCUGUUUCACCAAGAUGGAGAGGAUGAUCGUGUCCAUGCAGGAUCCAGAUAUGGGAAUGAAGAUGAGAAAUCAGAGACUGCUCAUUACACUCAUACCUCACGCCAUGACCGGAAGUGAUGUUGCUGAAUGGCUGAUAAAGAAAUAUAACAUCACAGAAGAAGAGGCGUUACAUAUCGGAAACCUCUUGGUGAAGUACGGAUAUAUUUACCCGUUAAAGGAGCCUCGGAACCUGUGUCUGAGACAAGACGAGUCACCGUAUCGCUUUCAGACUCCGUAUUACUGGACGUCGAGCCGCUGGCCUGCCACAGAACUGGAUUACGCUAUUUAUUUGGCGAAGAAGAACAUUCGCAAGCAAGGAGAACUGAUAGAGUACGAAAAGGAGUGCUAUAACACCCUGCAUAAGAGAAUCAAUCACACCUGGGAUUUUGUGGUGAUGCAGGCGAGAGAGCAGCUCAGGGCAUCGAAACACCGUCGGAAAUCCGAUCGCAUUGUGCUGGAGUGUCAGGAGCAAGCGUACUGGCUGGUCAACAGACCCCCUCCAGGUGCUAUGGAUAUUCUGGAGUUCGGUCCUGAGAGACGGAACGCUGCUAACACGAAAGUACAACUGAACGCUGAAUUCUACAGGAGAGAGAUUGAGCAAAUCAGGAAAAACCUGGGAAGAAGGAACCGAAUGAAGUCCUCUGUUUGUCUGGAAAGUUUUGUUAAGUACAGUGCCCAGUACCUGAACCAUGACCCCAUUAUGCAAGGCUGCCUUCCCAGCAACCCCUGGAUCACAGACGACAUCAUGUUGUGGAAUAUCAACUCAGACAUGGUUGCCAUGCCGACAAAACUCCGUGUGGAGCGUUGGAGCUUUAGCUUCAUGGAGCUGCUGAACGACCCGAUGGGCAGAAAAGAAUUCCUCACUUACCUGGAGAAAGAGUUCAGUGCGGAGAAUCUGUGCUUCUGGCAGGCGUGUGAGGACCUGCGACACGGAGACACUUCCAAAAUCCCAGAGAAAGUGGAUGAGAUUUACACGCAGUACCUCGCUCCCGGAGCCGCACACUCGGUCAACAUCGACGGUAAUACGAUGGCCGUCACUCUGGAGGGAAUGAAGAACCCGAAUCGCUUCGUCUUCGACAGCGCACAGAUGCACAUCUACGUCCUCAUGAAGAAGGACUCAUACAGUCGCUACAUAAAGUCUGAACAGUACAAGAGCUUGUUAGCGAAAGCUGUAGUACCCCAGGAAACAAAGAAGAGUGUGUUUCCGUGUAUGCGUCGUCAGCGAAAUUCAAGCUACGCACCAGCUCUGGUACAAACAGGAGAUGAAAAUGGGAAGACCAACGCUGGAACUGCUUCACAGAUUUAAUCACACACACACACACACACACACACACACACACACACACACUUAAAAUAUAGCAAUAACUAAUAAUAUGCACUAAAUCACAUUUCUAAUCUCAGUUUAUAAGAUUUUUCUCACAUGAUAUAUUAUUCAUCAUUCUUUAUUAUUUAUCAGUGUAUUACUCUGUCGUUUAGUUCACACUAAAUACAUGAAUAAGAGUUUUUAUCUAAUCUAAUCUAAUCUAAUCUAAUCUCACUGAUUCUUCAUGACGUGAGCACUGAGGAAGUAGUGUGUUGAGGAGACGUGAAGGUAAAUCGGUAAUAAAGCUUCUGUAUGUGUAUGAGUCACUUCAUACGUUUAACUACAGAGCUGUAGUCAGGUUCAAGACCCGGACUAGCCGAGACCGAGUCAGACUCCAGUCCGAACGACUCGACACCGUUACUCCAGCUCCAAUCACUGACCCGGAAUCACGUCUUCAUCAGAACAGAAAAGACCACACGCCCAGAUCAAAUCCAUCUCAAGACUGGACUGGAGUCCUGCAGCUCGAACGGCACUAACACACACCCACACACACACACACACACACACACACAUUAACACGCCAGUACUCACACACACACACAUUAGCGCAGUACACUAUCCGUAGUUUCUGCUGUAAAUGUGUCCUAAUCAUACAUCACCUCUACAUUAUUUCCACAGUCUCAGUGUUGUUGUGUUUUUCUGAACUUCUCUCUUCAUAAAUCGCAGAAUAAAGCACAAUCACAAUCAGCUCA